UAAAUCCCAACCAACAAACAAAACAAAACAAAACAGUAGUUCUAGCUUAGCUAUAACUCUUGGACUUACAGUUAGUGGAGCAGACCAGAGACAUGGCUAGCACCAGUAAUCGCGUUUCAUUGGUCUCUUUAGCCUUGUUCCUGCUGUUUUGCAUCACAGCAGGAUCCACUUUCGAUGAAUCUAACCCUAUCCGGUCCGUCUCCGACCGUCUUCGUGAGAUUGAAACCUCUGUGGUCAGAGUCGUUGGUUACAGUCGCCGCGCCCUCUCGUUCGCUCGUUUUGCUCACAGGCAUGGGAAGGUGUAUGAGAGUGAGGAGGAGAUGAAGCUGAGGUUUGCGAUAUUCUCGGAGAGUUUGGAUUUGAUUAGAUCUACUAAUAAGAAGGGUCUUACUUAUACUCUUGGUGUUAAUGAAUUUGCUGAUUUGACAUGGCAAGAGUUUCAAAAGCAGAAAUUAGGAGCUGCUCAGAACUGUUCUGCUACUUCUAAGGGCAAUCACAAGCUUACCGGAGGCGUUCUUCCCGAAUAUAAAGAUUGGAGGGAAGCAGGCAUAGUCAGCCCUGUUAAGAAUCAAGGCCAUUGCGGUUCUUGCUGGACUUUCAGCACCACGGGAUCCCUUGAGGCAGCCUAUCACCAGGCUUUUGGAAAGGAAAUCAGUUUGUCGGAGCAGCAACUUGUGGAUUGUGCUGGAGCUUUUAAUAACUUUGGCUGCAAGGGUGGAUUGCCAUCACAAGCAUUUGAGUAUAUCAAAUAUAAUGGGGGUCUUGAAACUGAGGCGGCAUAUCCAUACAUUGGAAACGAUAGUACUUGCAAAUUCUCAAAAGAGAAUGUUGGAGUCCAAGUGCUCAGUUCUGUCAACAUUACAGAGGGAGCUGAAGAUGAAUUGAAGGACGCGGUUGGACUUGUUCGUCCUGUGAGCAUUGCUUUUGAGGUAGUGAAACCGUUCCGUCUUUACAAGAGUGGAGUUUUCACCAGCACCACUUGUGGCAAUACUCCUCAGGAUGUGAACCAUGCUGUUGUUGCAGUUGGUUAUGGAGUAGAAAAUGGUAUCCCAUAUUGGCUCAUUAAGAACUCCUGGGGUGCAGAUUGGGGUGACCAUGGUUACUUUAAGAUGGAGUUGGGUAAAAACAUGUGCGGUAUUGCAACUUGUGCAUCAUACCCGGUUGUUGCAUAAUCGAGAUGUGGAGAAGUUUGAACUCGUAGACCGGUUGUGGUGUAAGACUUUAGUUUCAAUCCAGCAUGAAGUUAGAAGUGUAUCCAAAGGGAAAGGCUAUGGUAUAAUGAUUAUUAUGAUGGUUCAGGUUAUAGAAUAAAGGGCUUCAUAAUCUAUUGUACAAAAGAAAAGAUAGAAAGAACUCCUGUAAAUUCAGCAUUUGAUUCUUGAUUUGAAUGGUGGAUUAUGAAAAUUUUACAUAAAUGCAUAAUAUGAAACUGGUGUUCUGCA